UCGGAGAUAAAUAAGGGCAUUUUAGUCCAUUCACAAGAGCAACCUUCCUCGUCCUUCUCUCGACCUUUCUUUCACGCUUGCGCAUUUCUCGGGCUGUCACUGCUGGUCCUGCCUGCUUCGAGGGCCUCUCUUCCUCUCUCUCUCCUUCCAAAUACAUCAAAACCCCUUUCGAUCUGUUUCUCUCUCUCUCCACAGAUCCUAUCUUGCCUAUGAUUUUCCUUGAUCAUCCGCCAUGGCUAAUUUCCUAGCUCAGUUCCAGACGAUCAAGAAUGCCUGCGAUCAUCUUAUCAUAGCAGUGGAAGAUGUAAGUGACUUGUGGCCGACUGUCAAAGAUGCGUUUGAGGAACGUCUGCCAUUCAAAAAGGCUUGUUUGAAUAACAAGACUCGCAAUCCGGUGUAUGUAGAGAAACUGCCUGCUGAGUUCAUCCUAACAACAGAUGCAAGACUGCGUAGCCGUUUCCCUCAGGAGCAGUCCGUAUUUUGGUUCCGGGAGCCAUAUGCAACUGUUGUUCUUGUUACUUGUGAGGACCUUGAUGAGUUCAAGACCAUCCUAAAACCACGGUUAAAGUUAAUUGUUCAAAAUGAUGAUCGAGAGUGGUUUAUUGUGUUCGUGUCAAAAGCUUCACCUAGCAAUGACCAGGCAGUUAAAUUAGCCAAAAAAGUUUAUGCCAAACUCGAAGUUGAUUUUAGCUCAAAAAAGAGAGAAAGGUGCUGCAAAUUAGAUUUACAUGGAGCUGAUACAAACUUUUGGGAAGAUUUGGAAUCGAAGAUGGUGGAAUCCAUCAGGAAUACGUUGGAUAGACGUGUUCAGUUCUACGAGGACGAGAUUCGCAAGCUAAGUGAACAACGCUUCAUGCCAGUGUGGAAUUUUUGUAACUUCUUCAUUUUGAAGGAGAGCUUAGCUUUCAUGUUUGAGAUGGCUCAUCUGCAUGAAGAUGCGCUACGUGAAUAUGAUGAAUUGGAACUUUGCUAUUUGGAAACAGUAAAUGCUUCAGGUAAUAGACUCAGGGAUUUUGGUGGAUUGGACCAUGGCGAUGAUCAGGCGGCACUACUAAACCCUGGAUACAAGCCGUUGUCACAGAUUGUUCUAGACGACUCAUUUCGAGAGUUUGAAUUUAGACAGUAUUUGUUUGCCUGCCAAUCUAAGCUAUUGUUCAAGCUCAAUCGUCCAGUUGAAGUUGCAUCAAGGGGUUACUCAUUUAUAAUCAGCUUCUCCAAGGCUUUGGCACAGUAUGAAAAUACCUUACCUUUUUGCAUGCGAGAAGUAUGGGUAAUUACUGCUUGCCUCGCAUUAAUCAAGUCAACAUUUACUCAUUAUGAUGGAGAACUUGUGGCACCUGAUGUUGAAAAGGAAUUCCAUCGUCUUCGAGGGGAUCUCUAUUCACUUAGCCGGGUUAAGUUCAUGAGGCUUGCAUAUUUGAUUGGAUAUGGGGUGGACAUAGAAAGAAGUCCUGUCAACAGCGCAUCUUUAAGCAUGCUACCCUGGCCCAAGCCAGCAGUUUGGCCUUCAGUUCCACCUGAUGCUUCAUCCAAGGUGCUUGCUAGAGAGAAGAUGAUUUUUCAAACAAAUCCCAGAACCAAGCAUUUCAAUAUUCAGAGGAAACCAUUACCUCUGGAACCUUCUUUACUUCUGCGGGAGGCUAAUCGUCGGAGGGCUUCCCUUUCGGCUGGAAAUGUGUUUGAAUUAUUCGAUAGUCGCCAGGGUCCUAUUGAUGGCCCAGGUUCUGAUGGAUUUUCGAGGCCAUCUCCAUCAAAUAAAGCACAUGUGAGCACUAUGUCACGAAUUAACUCUGGACCUGGAAACCUUGAGAGCUCUUCUUUAUCACUUGAUAGGCCUAUGAGACUUUCAGAAAUCCAUGUUGCUGCAGAACAUGCGCUGCGUCGUACAAUUUCGGAUCCUGAUUUAUGGAAAUCACUAUCAUCUAGUCAGGAAUUUGAGCAAAAAUAUCUCGAGCUAACAAAAGGUGCUGCUGACAAUUACCACCAUUCUUGGUGGAAAAGACAUGGAGUUGUCCUUGAUGGUGAAAUUGCAGCUGUCUGCUACAGACAUGGUAAUUAUGAUCUGGCUGCAAAGUCAUAUGAGAAGGUCUGUGCUCUUUAUGCUGGUGAAGGGUGGCAGGAACUCUUGGCAGAGGUCCUCCCAAAUCUUGCAGAGUGCCAGAAGAUACUCAAUGAUGAAGCUGGCUAUCUCUCAUCUUGUGUCAGAUUAUUGGCCCUUGAUAAAGGUUUAUUCCUGACUAAAGAGCGCCAAGCUUUCCAGUCAGAGGUUUUGCGCCUUGCACAUAGUGAAAUGAAGCACCAAGUACCGCUGGAUGUAUCAUCAUUAAUCACAUUCUCUGGAAAUCCUGGCCCUCCACUUGAGUUAUAUGACAGGGAUCCUGGCACUCUAUCAGUGACAGUCUGGAGUGGCUUUCCUGAUGAUAUAACUCUCGAAUCGCUUAGUCUUACACUUAUAGCAACAUUUAGUGCAGAUGAAGGUGCAAAGCUGAUAAGAAGCUCCACUGCUACUGUACUAAGGCCUGGUAGGAACACUAUUACCCUUUCCCUACCACCACAAAAGCCAGGUUCAUAUAUCUUGGGGGUUCUUACGGGACGGAUUGGGCACUUAAGUUUCAGAUCUCAUAGUUUCUCCAAAGGAGGUCCCCCGGACGGCGAUGAUUUCAUGAAUUAUGAGAAGCCAACCAAACCUGUCUUGAAGGUUUUCAAGCCGAGAGCUUUGGUUGAUGUUGCUGCAGCCGUUUCAUCUGCUUUGCUAAUGAAUGAGCCUCAAUGGGUUGGGUUUAUUGUGAAGCCUAUUAACUACUCUCUCAAAGGUGCUAUCCUACACAUCGAUACUGGCCCGGGGCUGAUGAUUGAGGAGUCUCAUAUGAUUGAGAUGGACAGCUAUACAAAGGUAGUGCAGAGCACAACUGUGAAGGGGGAUGCAGAUGAUGGAAGAAAUGAUGAGCCUUCUGUUGCUGAAGAAUUUAAGCAGUUCGAACUUAAAAAUGGAACAAUAGAAUUACCAGAUUGGGCAAGCAAUAUAACUUCAGUUUUGUGGUUUCCAGUCCGUGCUAUUGACAACAGGCUAGCAAGAGGAACAUCUGCAGUCACUCCCUCGCAACAGAGUGUUGUGGAUGGAAUGAGGACAAUUGCUCUGAAACUUGGAUUUGGGGUUUCUCACAACCAAACAUUUGAAAGGACUGUUGCCGUGCAUUUCACUGACCCCUUCCAUGUGAGCACACGGGUUACAGAUAAAUGCAAUGAUGAUACUCUACUUUUGCAGGUGAUACUACACUCUCAAGUGAAGGCUACAUUGACCAUAUAUGAUGCUUGGUUGGAUCUUCAAGCUGGAUUUGUCCACAUAGGAAAGGGUGACGGAAGACCAACUUCAAGCUUCUUCCCACUUGUGAUCUCUCCAUCCUCUAGAGCAGGAAUCCUUUUUGGCAUUCGCUUAGGUAUCCUGACCGGUGUAGAUGAGGCUGAGGUCUUACAAACGGACAGUAUCUUGAACAUUAGAUAUGGAAUAUCUGGUGAUAGAACCGUUGGAGCACAUACACCUGUGGUAGCUGCAUCUGAGACUGUCAGUGGAACGGAAUUGCUCUUCAAGAGCGCUCUUGUUUUACAGAGGCCUGUCCUUGACCCAUGCCUGGCAGUUGGUUUCCUUCCUCUGCCUACUGCUGGCCUGAGAGUUGGACAACUGGUUACCAUGAGAUGGAGAGUUGAAAGAUUGAGGGAUUUCAAAGGGGAUCCAACUUUGUCUGGCAAUGAUGAGGUGUUGUAUGAAGUUAAAGCAAAUCGACAUAAUUGGAUGAUUGCUGGGAGGAAGCGUGGGCAUGUAUCACUAUCCACAAAGCCAGGUUCAAGGAUAGUUAUCUCGAUUACUUUUGUGCCACUGGUGGCUGGAUAUGUUCGCCCACCUAAUCUUGGACUGCCCGAUGUGGGCGAUGCCAACAUAAGCUGCAACCCUGCUGGGCCACAUCUUGUUUGCAUCCUGCCACCGACUCUCAGCUCAUCGUUUUGUAUUGCAGCAUGAAUCCAGUGAGUCCUUUGUGGUUGCUGCUGCUGUUACUUCAUAUUCUUCCAACAAGAAUUCUAGUUAUGAGUGGACAAUUCAACUCGGCCGAGUCUAACUGACCUUGGUCAGAGAAACUCGGUCAUGGGUCCGAGUCAAUCAUGACACUGGAAGAUUUCUCGAGCCGACUUGACCAGUCAUAGGAGGGAAUCAAAUACCUGACCUUCACCUAGGGAGAUGCACCUAGCCAGAGCAUCAGCUGAUUGGUUGAUGAUAGUUUUUCUAUAUUUGUUUUUACUUAUAUUAAUCUAAUUGUUUUAUGUUUCUGUUAAUAUUUGUAAUAUUUUUAAUUUAUAUUAUUAAAUAUCGAGUCGAGUCUUCCAAGUUGACAGGACCCAGAUGAUUGCCUAGGGAUUUUUGGUUUUUGAACUGGUCACCGGUCUAAAUUUUGUAGUUAAUGGUGGGGCCUACUUGAUGACUGGCCCAACCACGCACUCAUGCCUGUUGUGGAUUCCCUCUUCGAUCUCUUGCAAGAAUCGCUGUGAAACAAAUUAUGAGUACAUACCCUUUUUACUUU